AUGAAUACUGCCGGAUCUUCGAGCGAAAGUGACAACGUCUUGAUUGUGCGAGCAAAGCACACUUUUCGAGGCAGGAAUAAUGACGAGCUGUGCUUCAAGAAGGGAGACUUAAUUGCGGUUACUCAACAACCGGAUGGCGGUUGGUGGGAAGGCACGCUUAAUGGCAACACUGGCUGGUUUCCGGCCAAUUACGUGGUUGCCAUUAGUGCAGAUGCGUUGGAGCGUGUGGUCAAGAACGGGAUCGUCGCUGAUAUCGGUCCGCUGACAGUUCAAGAAAACCGAGCCGUCUAUCGAAACAUGAUCCUGCAAGACCUGAUGAAAUCGGAGAGGCAGCAUCUGAGCGACUUGGAGCUGUGCAUGAAUUCCUACCUGUUGCCGGUCAAGGCCAACCACAUUUUAAAAGAGGAAAAUUUCGAGACUCUGAUUGGAAACCUGCCGGCGAUCAUCCGAUUUCAGAAGGAAUUUGUUGCUUCGUUGGAUGAAGAAGUCAAAAAACUGGAUAAUGAACGGCGUAUUGGCGGUCAGUUCAUGAAUGCUGCAAAAACCUUAAAAGAACUGCUGCAUGACUAUUGCGACAAUCAUCCUGCCGCUGUGUCCGUCAUGAACAUCAACAGGGAUGGUUUGCAGAAGUUUCUGCAGUCCAGAAAUGUGACGGAAAUGACACUGGUCACCUCGCUCAGCCGACCGUUUCGUCACGUUGAACAGUAUCCUGAUAUUCUGCUGGAGCUGGAAAGAAACCUGGAGGAGACACAUCCUGACCGAGGUGACACUCAGCGCUCCGUUUACAUCUUCCGCGAUAUCAUCGCGUUUUGCACCGAAGUCCGGAAACAGAAGGAAAUGCAGCUCGAGAUCAUGGAGAGCGACAUAAGCGGAUGGGAAGGAGAGAGCAUAAAUUCACUUGGAAGAAUGUUGCAUAUGGGUAUGAUGAGCGUGGUCGGCGAUGAAAACCAAAAGGACGAGCGUUUGGUUAUGCUUUUCUCCUCCUGCCUCAUCGUCCUGCAGAUCGACCGCAAGCAAAACUCAUACAUUUUUAAGGUGAUUGCCGUAGCUUGCGUUGGCGGCAAAGUACCGGUCGCCGACGUGUGUAUCCGAAAGGAGACGGAUGGCGACGAACAAAAGAACCUGCUCGUUCUGCAGGACAGGACGAGUGGCAAAGCUGUGUUGAAGCUGUCAGCGCUGAGCGCUGACAGCUUAAACAAGUGGUUCGAGCAGUUCGAGCGUUAUAUUGACAUCGUGGCCGAGGAGGAGUGCUUGCUGUUGUCCGACGGUCCAUCUCAGUACCACGUUGAGAGUAACGUAUCGCCGCUGUUAAAGCCGAAGUAUUCGAAAAUGCCUACGCCAAGCAACGCGGCGUUGGUGAAAAGUUCUGAGAUGAAGUCAGUUGCUGGUAACUCGACCGAUGUACCCCUCUCAGGCCACCAUUCGUUGCCGCCGAAAACGUUUAGUGGCUACUGCAUGCGGCCGCUGCCGUCGCAGGGAGUCGCUGCAGCCGGUGUGCAAGUCACUACCCCGAAUGAUCCCGAGGAAAUGGUUCUGCUCAGGGUCGUUGAGGCAUACUGUAGCAGUGCCUCUUCCAAGCCCAGCGCUUCAGCAAAGGAUUCUGAUUCGCCGCAGCUUCUCAUAGCCGAAGACGAGAAAAUCUUUGUCGAGGAAAAAAUUGGCGAUGAGGUUGUGGUGCAGGAAAAAACCCUGGUGGAUACGGUUUACGCUUUGAAAGAUCAGGUUGCAACUAUCAAUGAGAGCAUCAAAGAGCUGAUGAAGGUGCUACAGUUCGAACAAAAAGCGAGGAAGAAGAUCGAGGAGAACACACGACGUUUUAUACUGUCUGAUCGGAAUACAUCCUGUGUAUCGAUGAGCGAUGCCUGUGAUGGUGUGCAUGCUGCGGCUGUGGCGGUCGGUGUCAGCGCUGAAAGCGUAGCUAAAUAG